AGACACUUGGAAGCAUCAUUGUCUGAUUCGGAUUCAAUUCGCCAAGAAGUAGUCCAGUCGUGGAACCGUGUCUCUGUGACGAGUCAUGAAGCUGCUCGCUAUCUUCGCCCUCUUCUGCGUGUUGGCGUACGCCUCGGCGAGCGCGUUGCCUGCCGUCUACGAUGGACCGAUUUAUGAGCUGACCCCCAUUGAGGAAGCGGCGUCCGACAACACGCCACGGGACAUGGCAGAGGAAGUGCCCAUCCGACAGCGUCGGGUCACCUGCGACCUCCUCUCUUGGACGAGCAAGUGGUUCAGCUUCAACAACAGUGCCUGCGCGGCAAAGUGCUUAGUGCAACGUCGUCGGGGCGGUUCUUGCAGUGGCGGUGUCUGCGUCUGCAGGGGUUAAACGUGACUACUUUCCGGUACGUCUCAUCGGUCACCCUUAUUGCACACCCCGGAUCCACGCACUCUCUCACCGUUCUCGCUCCCGCGGCAACGACUACGUCGCUCGUCCUUAGGAUCAGUCAUCGCGAUCGAUUGUCGGCCUGCCCUUGAAGCGCGGGUGUCUGUCUCUCUUGAUCUCCCUCUCUCUCUCUCUCUCUCUCUCUCUCUCUCUCUCUCUCUACCUAUUUAUCUACCUAUCUAUCUAUCUAUCUAUCUCGGGUGCGUGUAUAUACGCCCGCGGGCUCUGUGAAUUUUCGCAAGAGCCGAUAUUGUCAUUUCGUCGAUGGAAAUUGUUUGAUCGUUUUUGCCGCAGCAGCGUGUCAUUUAAAUAAUAGCCGCGCCGGCAGCGCGACGAGACGGGCUUUUUACAUACGUAAAUGCGAUAUGAUGGCAAUUGAUACCAUCUGCUCUGAUUAUUAACGGGGAUGAUUACUCGAUCAUUUAUCCCGAUGGAACGGAUGAUAAUCUCGACAAGCUGCAGUAUCGGUUACGUACGGAGAGGGAAGAGAGAAGAUCAGAAGAAGCAGAGAAAUGAAAUGAAGAUGAGAGAAGAUCGCGGCUGUAAGAGCGGAAAGUGUCUUAAUGUAUGCACGUCGGCUCAUAUGAAGUGGCACGUAAACGCUUAAAUGUGUGAAGCACUCCGAGUGAUACUAAUCAGUCAUCGCGAUAACGAUAGUAGCCAUAUUUAUACGCACUUUACUUUGUAUCUACUUUUUUCUAUUAUACACUUACCUGUACUUGUACCAUAGAAUACAAUAUAUGUUCAUGCAAACACUCGUA